CAUUAUAACAAUUAGCGUAUUAUUUCUAAUCACGUUUUGGUCAAAGUCAAAUAUGGUAAUAUAGUCAUUUUAAUUGCAGAAUAUCUACAUACUUAUUGAAAUUCGAAUAAGUCGUUACAACAAUUUCGACGGUUAUGUACCUGACCUUAUGUCAUUUAUAAAUAAAUCACAAUCUUAAUACCUAUAAGUUGUUUAAUGUAGUUGAUUGUUUAUUAUUUCACACUCGUUCAACAUGUCGUAUCACACGGUGAACACUCGAUAUGUAACCAUCCAUACCACAAGGUGGUAUCAUGCUGAUGUAUCUGUGCCACCUGUGUUUGCACUUUUUACUCUUGACCUUUCAUAUCAACAACCGGUUUCUUUUGACCACGCUGCGGACACACCUCUCUUCGCUCUUUAUUGUUUCUGAUGUCAUAUUUAUUUACUGUUACGUGUGAAAGAAGAUAUAACCUAUCUGCAUUAUCAGUAGCGUAACCAUGUCCAUUUUGAUCAAUGUUUCGGUCCUUCGGUACUGAUCUCAGGUCACAUAACCCACAUUUUAUUAAGCACUUUAAUAUUUCGUUUUGUUAGCUCAUUCCCCUCUUCUAUAGUCCCCUUCAUUGUCCUUUAAGUACUUGUCCCCUCAUUGGAAGCGCGAAAUUUGCCAUCCAUAUCAAUCGUGAUCUCCUUCACGCUAACUUUGCCCGUUCACAGUUCAUUAGUUUAUCAAGAAGCAAUUAGGUCGUUAUUAAUUACUGUUCUCAUAUCGAUGUCGCAUGGUGAGCUAGUGUCGACGAUAUCUGUCACGUUAGUACAAACGGUUUGAUCAAAACACCGGACAUAGGUCAGCGGAGUGCACGUUGUGACAUCUGCAUAACCGCGCUGUUUAUAUUCAAACUGUCUUCCCUCGGGGUAGCACGCCUACCUCGUUGGCGGGGAAAUUGAAAUCGACUAAUAAAUAUUUUAAAAAUUUCCUAGAUCUCAAUAAAUCAAAACUUGCGUUAUCGAAAUAAAAUAAGUGUGAGUUAAGACGUAGUUAAAUAAAUCAGUGAAGAUUUCGUCCAAAAUAGUGGAAGUAAGUGCGUUGUGGAACUGGACAGUUGGGGAUGUAGUGUCGGCAAGCAACAGCAGCGAGAUGGAUACGAUGAUCAGCGUGUGGACGAUGGUGGAGCACGUGCGGGUGGCCAGCGGCGCCGCCGAGCUCGCCAUCUUCACCGCCAUACUCUACUGGUUCUUUACGUCCAGCCGUGUGGCAGAUAUGCUGGAGGUGGUCGGCGAGAGGGUGGGGGGAUGGUGCGGCCGCGACACAAGUAGCUCGCUACGGCAAGCUGUGCGGGCGCGCAAACGACAACAAGAACACUAUACGAAACUUGACAAUGAAACCGCUUGUCGGACGUCCUCGCUGUACAGAAUAAAGGAAGGGCCGGUGGUGCCCGCCCCCGAGCCGUUGACCAGGCCGCCGGCAGGACUGGCAUGCGGCAGGUGUGCCCCUGUCUCCAGGGAGUCAUGGCAGGACCCGAAGACCAAAGACACGGGCGCUGUGAUCAAUAUCCUGGAUAUAGGAAGACAGAACUUUGCUAAUGGCGGCGUCGUGUCCCGAUACCUCUGCGACUUGGCCCAGUGCUGCAACCUCACAAACUAUGACUACAAAGAUGUUGUCCCCAACGUAGUGAAAGACGACAGCGUCCAGCGCGCUAUAGAUGAAGCCACACAGGAAGCGUUGAGAAAAGCGGAGGAGAGCGACCCGGGAGCGGAGUACGCGACCAUACGGAAACGAGUGGAGACCAAGGCCAUGAAAAUUAUACAGGACAUCAGCUCGGCCAUGUCUUCUAGAGUGCUCAAGUUCGUAGCAUGGGUAUGCCACAAGGCGGUGAGGCGCGUGGCGGGCGGCGGCUGCGGCACGCGCGUGGCCAGCAUCGAGCGUCUCCGCCGCGCCAACGCCGCCGGCCUGCCUCUUGUCUUCGUGCCGCUGCACAGGUCCCACUUCGACUACAUCCUGAUGACCUUCACGCUGUACCUGACGGGCUUGAGGCCGCCGCUAGUAGCUGCCGGCGAUAAUAUGAGGAUACCUUUCUUUGGUUGGUUCCUCCGAGGCUGCGGUGCGUUUUACAUCAGACGAAGGGUCGAGGGCUCCGAAUAUCACAGUGAUAACACGUACAAAUCAGCACUUAGAGCAUACAUCCUGAACAGUUUGGCGGCUGGUAAUAAUUUAGAAUUCUUCAUUGAGGGAGGUCGCACCAGAACCGGCAAGCCACAGACGCCUAAAGCUGGCAUCCUCUCGGUGAUAAUGGACGCCUACCUAGACGGUACUAUAGACGACGCCCUCCUAGUACCAGCGACACUGAACUAUGACAAACUAGUCGACGGAAACUUCGUCCGAGAACAGCUCGGCAUGCCCAAACAGAUGGAGACCUUCUGGUCAGCUUUGAGAGGAAUCUGGAGAACGUUGAACACGAACCAUGGGAGUAUCAGAGUGGAUUUCAAUCAACCUAUAUCUUUGAAGGAACUAGUAACAUCAUUCCAAAAGUACCAGCACUACAAGGCGCCGAUCGAGACGUCGCUCACGCCGCCGAACAACAACCUAGCCGUCAACUUGGACAGACAGAUCUUAUACAACCACAGUCACUCCAGUUUGUAUGGCGCUGACGUCAGCACUGACCACAAGAUGAUGGUCGAAGCGAUCGGGAGGCAUCUGGUUUAUGACGCGGCGCAGGCCACGGCCCUGAUGUGCACGAACGUGGUGUCGUACGUGCUGCUGACGGAGGCGCGGCGCGGCGCCAGCCUGGCGGCGCUGUGCGCGCGCGUGGCCGCCCGCCACGCCGCGCUGGCCGCCGACGGCCGCGACCUCGGCUACAGCGGGGACGUCGCGCACGCCGUCAACCACGCCCUGGGCAUGUUGGGCCGCGUGGUCCGACGCGGGCCCGGCGGGCUGGUGUGCGGCGUGUCAUCAGUAGCGGCCAGCCUCGAGCUCUCGUACUACGCCAACGCCGUCGUAGCGCACUAUGCCGCGCCCGCCAUACUCGCCACAGCCCUGGAGAGCCUGCUGUCGGGCGACCCCUCGCAAGAGAUCUCGCAGUCGGAGCUGCUGGAGAGCUCGCUGCAGCUGUGCGAGGUGUUGAGCCACGAGUUCAUCGUGUGCGCGCCCUGCCAGCGCAUACAGGACCGCAUGCUGGACGCCAUCGACUCGCUCAGCGCGCACGAAGUCAUCAUCAGGAAAAAGACUACAUCGGGUUUGGAAGAAGAGGCGUGGUCGCGGCGGGCGGCGCGGCGGCUGGAGGGAGACGACGAGACUCCCGAACCCCGCGUCGUGUACACACUGUCGCAAUCCCCGCACGCACUCGCCGAGAGGCGGCGGUUAAUUUUAACACUACGGCCGCUUCUGGAAGCGUAUUCAGCGACCUGCAGACAGCUACAGACGACCAGUGAAGGAACCGUGCAACAACUCGUUAAGGACACGUUAGACUCGCUGACCGAAGACUACACGCAGAACAAAAUGAUUUACGGCGAGGCGGUGUCGACGGACGCGAUCCGCAACUGCGUGCGGCUGCUGCGGCAGUGGGGCGUGGUGUCGCAGACGGGGCGCGCGCUGCGCCUGGCGCCCGCCUACCGCGCCGCGCCCGCGCUGCGCGCCGUGUGCCAGCACCUCACCAAGUUCAGCGCGGACUGGCCGCUGCUGCGCGACCCCCGCUGUGCGGACUCGCCGCUGCUGCGCGACCCCCGCUGUGCUGACUCGCCGCCGCUGCGCGACCCCGAGCAGUGCUGACUGGCCGCUGCCGCGCGACCACUCGCUGUGCUGACUCGCACGCACGCUGCACGCCUAACCAAAGACUCUAAUCCUCACAGAUACCUUCAUUAUAAGGGAGUACAAUAUUCAUCGGACUAUGUUUUUCAUUUAUAUUUAGUUACCCUGGAAAUGGCAUUUCGGGUUAGUUAGUUGUCCACUUAUAUUCACUAAUGUUUCACCGUAUUUUUUUCUUCUCUCUGUUACUUUAUUUAUAGGUAAGAGUUAGAGGUCUGCUUGUGUCAACAUGUAACGUAGUGAAAGAUUAUGUUCUCCAAAUAAUAUCAAUCUUAUAUAGGUAUAAUUUAACAUAAGGAGCAUUUAUUAUACAAGUUGUUGUGUCUCCGAAUCUCAUUAUAAUUUGCACGUGUUGCAUUAAUAUAGUUGUCUGUUACGCAAGCCAAAACAUAACUCCAUCCAAAAUAUUUUAAACCUUUAAACUGACCCCGAUAUACCUUAGAAAAUUUCAGUUGCCAGUGUCGUUAUAAGUGGACAUCGAUAGUUUAACUUAACGAGCCAGGGUGUAAAGUGCGCUAAUGAAACGCAAUAUUAUUUUAAGUAUGUAAUAUCAUUCAAUUUAUUGAUAUGGUGUUUUUAACAUCACUGAAAAAUAUUAUUUGACCUGUAAAAGGUACACAUUUGUGUCUCAUAUUAUAAUGAAACUAUUAUAAAGGGUUUAACGACGUACCUUAAAUGUCUUAAUGGACAUAGGCCUCUUCACUUAUAAGGGAGGCUUCGUUCCGCGAUAAAAGAUUCCAAUACUCGGAAUUCAGAUCCUCUACUCACUUUCCUCCAUCUAUUGAAGAUGAAUUCUGACAUCAAACCGUGUUAAAAUCCUUUAAAAUAGUUUAUAUACAAGGCAUGAGUAUAUUGAAGUUUGCUCACUAUUACUGCGUACAAGUAAGCACAUAGUUAUUACAUAAUAUGAAAGCUGCUCAAGAUUUCAAGAUUAGCAAAAUAAUAUGUCAGUAGAGAAGCCAAUCAAAAAAAUGAUAUUAUAGCAAUACAAAGUCUCGAUCGUAGUAGAAAAAGGAUCAAAAUUGAAUAUUUUUUGCAGAAGAAGCUAUAAUAUCGUAGAUCUUAAAAUUUUGACAUGUCUUCCAUGUAUAAAUGCUCCUAACGGAUUUCAAAAUAAAGACGAAGUCUUGAAUUACCAUUGAUGUGCGGUGUUCUGAAUGGAGCUCUACCGCCGUCUCAUACAGACAGACUGUUGGCUCAGUGUAAGAGAGAUGCCACUCUACAUCGUGUAAUGCGCUGUCUCUUUUCAACACGUGCAACAGUCUUACUCUAUGAGGCCGGUCCCGGUUCCAAAUGCGAUAGUUAGCAUGCUUAACCUGUGAUGUGACAGCUAUUUAAAACUUGGUUUUUUUUUUUGUAUAUAUUGUGGUUAAGUUAAUUAUUCUCUGAAGUUUCUUCAAAUAUUGUGAUCUCAAGAUUGCAGCGUUGAAAGUUAAUGCGCGAUUUUGAACGAAGGAAGCAAAUUGUCUUUAUAUAUUGUAUAAACUGUUCUUAUGUAAGACUUAGGGUCAAUACAUAAAAUUAUUACUCAGUAAGGUCGUUUGAGCGUCAGCUACGAUUAAGGGUCAGCUCACACUGAGGGGACAUUUUAUGAUACUCGAAAGUAAACUUAAAUUUAUUAGUUAUAAAUGUAUAAAUGUUUGAACUUGACAAAGUGUUGGCGGUGUCCCGAGGCCGUGAUAUUCAUAAAUUCUAUCCGCCAUAUCUCGAUGUGUGUUGACCUUUAAAAAAAAUAAACUUGUUGAGUUUGUUGAAUAUGAAAUGGUGCUGUUAAUCACACUGGCAAGUUUUUCACUUGCGCAACAAUACUCGGCCAGAGUAAAGUUUAAAAUGUAUACAUAUUUUAAUUUUUGUAUUUAGACUAUAAUUAUUUUGUUACCUAGUGUUCAAUGCGCAUGAGGUAUACUACAUAGCAUUUGUAUGUAAAGCGCAGGUCGCAGUUAUAAUUAUGUUGGCUGAGCUCUCUUACUCAUUUUCAUUACCGAGAAAGCGAGACAGCACUCUACACGGCGCAGUACGGCGUCCCUCUUCCACAACUGCAGUAAUAUUUUAAGAGAUUGUGGCAGCCAGGCUGUUCCCUCGCCUGACUAUCGAAAGCCGUACCUAUAGUAAAGCACAAUGUAUUACGACACUCAAAAACAAACCUUAUUUCCAAUAUUCAAAGUCAAUAUUGACAGAACAUUACAGAAGAAAAAUGCUUGUAAGCUCUUGAAGUCAUUAAACAUUUAUGCGCUUUGUAACAGUAGCAAUAAAGUUCAUUUUUGAGUGUUUAGUCAAAUCACUGUGUACUUUAAGUCUUGGGGCUCGUGUGGCCUGCGCUUACAGUGAAUAAGUACGGCUGCUAUCUCGCUCUGUAGAGACGUUAUUCCUUUUUGUACCGUUAAGUUAAGUUGACAAAUAGUAUGUAGACAUAUUAACUUUGUUACCCAUAUAAUGAUAAAAGGGGGCAAAGCCAAGAUUGAUUAAAACAAUCUUGAAAUAUAA